UUUGAUCAUUAAACAGAUCAUGGAGAUGGACCACAUCAAGCUAUCAGAGGAGGCACGGGCAUAUAAGAAGUGCCUUGAAGAUAUGAAUGAAAUGAGGUUUACCAUUCAUUCCACUUUAAAUCAGCAAGUAAAUUUGCAUAAUGAUCUGAAGACUAAGUUUAUUGAAGGGGCCAAAGAACAGAAAGAGCUCUACAACAAGGUGUUAGAGUUGAAAGGAAACAUACGGGUCUUUUGCCGGUGCAGGCCUCUAAACAAUGAUGAAGUUGCAGCAGGAGCUUCAAUGGCUAUUGAUUUUGAAUCUGCUAAAGAUGGUGAGCUCACUGUCAAAUCAAAUGGGGUCACCAGAAAGACCUUCAAGUUUGAUGCUGUAUUUGGUCCUCAAGCAGAACAAGGUAUGCAGACAAUGAUAGAUGAGCUUUUUGUUUGGACAGUAUAAAGACGAGGAAGAAGAAGGUGCACACGUCAAAGUACAAUUUCACCCAUGUAUUAACAGAUAGUUAACGGAAAAAUCACUUUUGUACUAAAUUUGCUAACGGAGUACACCACAGGGGUUUAAAUCCGAGUUUUUUUAGCACAUGGGCUAUCUUCCGAAUACCUUAUGGGUGUAGAGAAUAAGUUAGGUGUAGAAAAAAGUUAUAUGGGUUCAAAUAAAAUUUUCCUAUUCAUAAUUUAAUUACGAUACAUAUGUUCAGAGUUA